UGACCCUCAAUGUCCGCAAAGCAACCUUAAUAAAGUAAUGUGUGUUUUUACGCGGAUAAACUGUAUGGAAUAAACAAACACCUCACUAUGUAUCGAAGGUUUUACAGCCUUUUAAGAGGUUCGUGUCAGCAGCUUUUGGAGCCCUUGAAUUCAUCGGAAAGAUUGAUUGGAGGAAAUGUAGGGUUUCAGCGUCCACUGUCAUGCAGUGUCAUCCGAUUACAAGAGGCUGAUGCCAAGCCAGUGGAAACCAAGAGUCCAUCUGCCCCCAUCAAAAGAUUGAAAGAUCACUUCCCUCCAUUUCCUGGUCUGGAGAGCUCCUUGACGUGGGACAGCAAAAAGUUUGAAGAGUUGCCGAUUGCACACAUAAAAGCCACAUACAACAACACACAUAUUCAGGUCACAGAUAGUGUGGGCCAGUACAUGGUGAGAACCUCAUGUGGAUCAGAGGGCUUCAAGAAUGUGAAGAAAUCCACUCCUGUUGCAGCACAGACCGCUGGGAUUUCAGCCGCUGCGAAGGCGAGGGCAAAAGGGGUCACCUAUGUUCGUGUGCUGGUGAAAGGACUCGGUCCAGGACGCUUGUCUGCCAUUAAAGGGUUAACCAUGGGAGGGCUGGAGGUUGUUUCCAUCACCGACAACACCCCAGUGCCACACAAUGGCUGUCGCCCUCGUAAAGCACGAAGGAUGUAAGGAGGAAGAAACCUUUUGAACCCUGAUGUCUUGUCAGUCUGUCUCUCUGUAUUAUCAUCGAUCAUCCAGUCUGAAUAAAGAGGUUAAAUGCUCAACUGUGCAGGUCAACACACUUUAGGGUAUAAUGCUUUUUUGAAAGUUGUUUAUUGCAGCUACAAUAAGAUCUCAAAUGUAAUGUAUUUGUUAUUUACCUUUUUGAUGAUUAAUAAAGUGUGAAA